AAGGCAUUACGAUCUAUCCAAACGAGGAAUGAUGUUACCGACAUUCAAGCGAUCAUCGACAGGACCAGUUGGAACACCGUAUGCAGGUGGCUAUUUCAGAGUAAAACUCUCUCUCGGCAAAGAUUUUCCUCAAGUCCCUCCGCGGGGCUUCUUUCUCACAAAAAUUUUCCAUCCAAACGUGGCGAAAAAUGGCGAGAUAUGUGUGAAUACCUUGAAGAAAGACUGGAAGGCUGAACUAGGCAUUAAGCACAUCUUGUUGACCAUAAAAUGCCUGCUUAUCGUGCCGAACCCGGAGUCCGCGCUCAACGAGGAGGCUGGUAAGCUACUGUUAGAGCACUACGAUGAGUACUGCAAGCGUGCGAAGAUGAUGACAGAGAUUCACGCAACAUCACGGCCACGCUCGUCGAAGGAGGGCCUCGAGGAGGCGCCCUCGGAGGGGCCGAUGGCGAAGAAACACGCGGGAGACAAGAAGCUAGGCGAUAAGAAGAAGCAGAAGGACAAGAAGAGAACGCUGAAGAGAUUGUGAUGCCACCAAGCGAGAGUAUAACCGAGCGAUAUACUCUCUGUGUGUGGAACUGGGUGUUGUGUCAUGCUAAAUACUAGAAGCGUUUCCGAAUCAGUUUCGUUGUCGGUGCGCGUGUGAGUUUUUACGCCUAGACAUCGCUAACGCCGGCAGAGUUCUGGUUUAACUGUCUUUCCAUAUAUCGACCUGCUUGUGUACAUAAAUAUUUUUAACAGCAGAAGGGCAGGACGGGCAGAAGUUCUUGAGCGGGGCGUGAGAGGGAAUGAAAAUUGACUAGUAUUUAUUCUAUGUACAUUGAAGCGGGAGAAUUCCUGUCUCGUUCAUGACUGCUUGUAUAUCGGCUGCUGAUUCUGGGCUGAUGUGUUUGUUGCCUUUUGGGCAAUCUUAUCUUUGUUGUCAAGUAAUAAUUUAGACUUCCAGGGCUUGGUCUUGUGUUGGUGCUUACAUUGCUAGCAAUGUAAGAAUGUUCACAUUUUAUCCUAUUGCAGUUACUCUCUGAUUCUGUCUAUUCCAAGUAGAUAUAAAGUUACAGACAGUUAUUUUAAUUCCCGAUUACACCUACAUCAUUGUUGAGUGUAUGCGUGAAUGUAAAGGAGUUUAACUAAAGCAGUGGUGUCUGUUAGUGUUACUAACGAUGGAUGCCCUACAAACAAAAUGAAAGAAUUAUUAAUGGCAUGUACUUUAUCAUCUCUAUAGAUAUUUUGCUGCAUGCAUUUAACUGUUAGUAUUAGUGUGGGCCAAGGCAAUACGAUGAAGAAAAGUUGUGGGAUGUGGGAAUAAUCUUUUAUCUAACCACGAAUGAUAGCGUGACGGCUACUCGUAGUACAACUUUAAAUUGGAAGCGACUUCUCAUGCAAAUUGUGGUGAUUGAUACGCGUAAGACGUCGUAAAUAUACAUGCCUGCUUUACUUGCAAUUAAUUGUGCGGUGGCCAGCUUUGGCUGCACCUACAGGGACAAUGGGCUUCAUCUGUGCGUAUACUCUCUUUCCGUGUUGUUUACAUUCUGCCUUGGUAUGUAUUAUCAAAAGUAGAUCAUAGGGAAUAUUCCCUAUUAUCUACUUCUGGUAUUAUCCAGGUUACUGUACGAUGUUGCCUUCUCGAACUCUCCUUGUAGGUCAAACAAUUGGAGUGAAAGUUUAACUUUUACCAUGGUGUCUGCUGUGUAUUGUAAUUUGUAAUAAAACCUGUAUAGCGAAAAAGUACA